AUGUCAUCUUUACUGGGGCGUCCGGGGGAUGCCGCGGCGGUCCCCGCGCUUUGGGGCACGGCCGCCGCCUCAGAGCGGCCCACGCGACUGCCCAUUCCCCCCUUUUCCACCGACGCGGAGGUAGCCAUGGCUCCCGGCACCCCUGCCCCGCCCUGCCCCAUUUCCACCAGCCCUACACGCGCGGCCGAGGUGGACGAAUCGGCUGCGCUCCCUACCAUAGGCACCCCUUCCGCGGUCCAGACGAUCGCGUUGAAGGCCCCUCCUCAGCCGCUGCUGCCUCUAUCUCCAACAGCCCCCCACAGGGCCCCUGGGGACAAGCAGAUGGUCGUGGCGGACCUUUCCGCCCUAGAGGAGGACCCCUCCGCGUCUUGGACCUUCUCGAUGGACAAGAACAGGGAGGCGGAGUCCCUAUACCCCGAUCCUGCUGCAGAGAUUCCUAUCUGUUACAACGCAAGCGUGCCUGAGGCAUCUCAGGAUGCCAUCAAGGAGACGCCUUUCACGGCGCCGACCUCACCCGAGGUGUUGGGGUUCAGCAAAUCGGUCGAGCGGCCCUGGAUCACGCGACUGGCGGCCCAGAAGCAAGCAAAUGUUCGUAAUUUCCUUAACACCCUGUUUUCAUCCCCCUUGGUUUCAGCAUCUGGCACCGAUCUCGGCGACGACAGGGACCUUACCCGCCCUCACCCCGAGCCCAACGCCACCACCAACUCUUACUCCCUCGAAUGGGCGAUUCGUGGAUCGAUCGAGUCGUCUUUGAACUUUGUAAGCUCGUCGGUCAGCCAGGCUCUAGCUAGCACCAAGACGAGCGAUCGUAAUUCCUACCUCGACAAUAGUUUGGAUAGACUUGAGGACAACAGCGAGGAGGGUUUGGAGCACUUGCGGCGUGUGGUGAACAUUGUUAUGCAGGUGGCAAAGCAGCAAUCGUCGUCCGAGGACGAUCUUACCCAGCGGAAUGGUGGAGGCGGUCACUUCACUGCGGGGGCUGGUACAAUGGGCAGCGGCGCUUAUGCUUAA